AAUAAUAUCAUACUCGAUUAUAGUAGGACACAUAUACAAUUAAAAGCUUCAACUCCACUUUUAAAUUCAAGAAUUUGUCCCGUUGAAGAAAUACAAUCCACAUGAUCAUUUCCAAGAUUUCUGACCCUCAACAAUGUAUCCGAAGGUGAAGGUGCGACAAGAGAGUGAAGAAGAAGCUGAUCAUUAUGAUUACGGGAUAAUUUCUGUGCGCUCCUUGAAGGCCUUUGAAUGGCUCUCUUUCGAUCACUAUUCUUCUGAUGAUUCUCCGGUAUCAGUUGUAAGGAUUCCUGCUUCCGAUUUCCCCAAAUCACCAACUCCCGGCUUUCAGGCAUCCAAGGGAACUAACAGGGCACCCGUCGGUGGGAGCAACAACACCAAACGAGCUACUUCAGCUCCACGUCGUCUAUGUUGUGCAGUCUUAUCAAGUCCAGACAGAAAUGGGGUCAUCACUAGAAGCAAAACACAAACAAGGAGAGAACUACUCGCGCCUUUAAAGAGCCAUACUUCAUGCCUGGACAGACACACCAGAUGUAAGAUCCCAACGAAAUCUGGAGACGCACCACCACACGCGCAUAACAAGCACCUUACAGAGUCCAAGAGGCAUGUGCUCGUAAGAGGAAGCCCAAGACCAGCAGACGAAAAACAACAAAAGAAAAAGGGGAUGUGAUGUUACUAAUUCUGCAGAAAUAGAGUGUUGUAUACAAAGACAUGUUAGUAACUAAUCCAAUCCAAGUGCCACAAAAAACUAAACACACAGCCACUUUUUAACUGGCUUCAAGUAAUAACCAAUCCCUUCUUUUAUUUCA